GAACGCAUUUGUUCUGCGAGUAAAGAUGCAUGUGGGUCGUGCGUACUGGUUGUGUGUGUUGAUGAUCUUGGCCGUGACAGUCGUUGCUGAGAAAGUAUGUGAGAAAGACACCAACGGGGAAUGUUUAGAUGACGAUACUGAAGUGAAAGAAAAGUCCAAGUACACUAAACCUGCCAACUCAAAGUGGAAGAAAUAUCUGGACGAGAUUGAUGAGGCAGUUGGGAAUUAUGAAGAAUGUCAGCAAGGUGAUUGCUCCUGUCAUUCCAGUGUAAUGGAGGAGGACCUGUUGCCGUGGAAAGAUGGCAUCACAAGGAAACAGUUGGAAGAGUCGAUGGAGAGGGGCGUCCAUUACCAGAUUGUCAACCACAAGCUGUACAGGGAGGACGCUUGCAUGUUCCCAUUCCGAUGCAGUGGUGUGGAGCACUUCAUCCUGGGGAUAAUCAAGAAGCUGCCGGACAUGGAGCUCAUCCUCAACACCCGGGACUGGCCGCAGUCACCUGCUUACAGCUCCCCCAAACCCAUCUUCUCCUUCAGCAAAGUGCGUUCCGAGAACUGGGACAUCAUGUAUCCUGCAUGGACAUUCUGGGAGGGAGGUCCAGCUGUCUGGCCGAUAUACCCCACCGGACUGGGGCGCUGGGAUCAACAAAGGGAGGUAAUUCCAAGAGAGGCAGAUAAAUGGCCCUGGGACACGAAGCACAAUGUUGCGUUUUUCCGUGGUUCAAGGACAAGCAACGAGCGGGACCCUCUGGUGCUACUGUCAAGGAAAGAACCAGACCUGGUCGACGCAGAAUACACAAAGAACCAGGCCUGGAAGUCAGAUGCGGAUACACUACACCGGCCACCUGCUGCUGAGAUAAAACUGGAGGACCACUGCAAAUACAAAUAUCUCUUCAAUUUCCGCGGUGUUGCUGCCAGUUUCCGUUUCAAGCACCUGUUCCUGUGUAAUUCACUGGUGUUCCAUGUGGGAGAAGCCUGGCAAGAAUUCUUCUACUCUGCCAUGAAGCCGUGGGUCCACUACAUCCCUGUCAGCCAGACACUAGACAAUGUCAAAGAGCUGAUUAUGUUUGCAAAAGAGAAUGAUGAUGUUGUGAAACGCAUUGCUGAGAGGGGGAGGAAGUUCAUCUGGGAUCACCUGCGGAUGGAGGACGUGUCUUGCUACUGGGAGAAGCUCCUCAAGAAGUACAACAAGCUGCUCAAGUUUAAAACACAGAGGAACAAAGCCUACAAGCAGAUCAAGCCUAAGUCAUCAUGAUGUUGAUGUGAUAUUAGCUUGAGCAUAAGAUUAGACAAACAGACUCGCUGACUUGGUUGACACAUGUCAUCGUAUCCAAGGACGAUGCUCAUGAUGUUGAUCACUGGAUUGUCUGGUCCUGACUCGAUUAUUUACAGACCUCCGGAAUAUAGCUGGAAUAUUGCUGAGUGCGGCUUCAAACAACAAACUGUUAGCAUGUGACAGGCAAACAUUAAUUGGAUGCUCAUCACCAAUUUUUGGCAUGACUUUUGAACUUUGAGGACCUUUAAGAUUACAUUGUCAUUUUUCUAGAAAAAAAGGCCAUGUGACGAUAUAUCGUAGUAUCGAUAAUCGUGA